AUAACAAAUGACUUCACAUAGUGGAUUUCUUAAAAAUAUAUUUUAAAACGCAAAAUGUUCGAAAACAAUAAUGAAAUCUUUUGAGCCAGUUCGUAGUGAUCGUGUGGCUGUAUCAGUUAAAUCAAAAGAUCAAAAUGAGCCAGAAUUUCUUCGAAAUGAAGGAAUUAAGUUUUAUAAUGAAGGAAAAUUUUUCGAAGCUCUAGAAAGUUACAAUAAAAGUUUAUGUAAGACGAAAUUAGGAUCAAUCGACGAUGCUCUUGCAUAUGAAUGUCGAAGUGUAGUUUACUUCGAUGUAAACCAAUAUCAACUAUGCCUGGAAAAUAUUCAAUUUGCACGUGAUAACGGUUUUCCAAAUGAAAGAAUUCACAUUUUGGAUGAACGAGAAGAGAAAUGCAAAAUACUUCUUGAAACACAAGAAAAAUGUAACGACGACAAUUUGUGGAAGUUUUUCAAGCUUUCUUAUCCUCCUAAUCCAAAAAUACCAUUUAUUAUAAACUGCUUAGAACUUCAUAAAAGCGAAAUAUUUGGACGAUAUGUUGUUGCGAAUCAAGAUUUAUUUCCUGGUGAUAUAAUCGCAAUCGAAGAACCAGUCUUCAAAAGUGUUCAUUCGGAAGCUCAACACACACGUUGUGCAACGUGCGUAAAAUCAAAUAAAUUAAGUUUGAUUCCAAGUAAUAUCAGUGAAACAGCAAUGUUUUGUUCAACGGAAUGCUUGAGAAUUGGAACAAAAAUUUUCUUAACAGCACGAAACGAGUCAAAAAUUCAUGACAUUAAACAACGAAUGCUUUUCGAAGCUUUAUAUAUUUGCGAUGGAAGCUUUGAAAAAUUAAAGCAAUUAAUGGAUAAAACUACAAAUUGUCAGCAAACAAUUUUUGACUUCGAUUUAAGUGACACUAAAGAUUCUUCCCAUAAAUUAAAAUUAUUGACAUCAAUUCUCUCUCUCGUUACGGCAUCAAACGUCAGUAACGAUAUCAUCAAAUAUCUUGAUCAACAUCCGGUUUUAAACUUAUUCAAACUUGAAAAGGAGAGAGACAUUGCAAAAGAAUUUCUUCUUCGUGCCUUUAAAAUAUUAACUGUUAACUCGUUUGGGAUUGAAUGGGUGAUUCCUGCUAAGCCGAAAGAUGUCAAUAAAGAUUCCAUAAAUACACGACUUGCUGGUGAUGGUCUCUGUUCAUUUGGUUCACUGAUGAAUCAUUCUUGCAUACCAAAUAUCGAUCGAGUGUUUGUUGAUAAUAAAUUCGUAUUUUAUGUUCGACAGCAUAUUGAGAAAGGUAAACAACUGUUUGUAUGCUAUGGAACUCUUUUCAUUGAUGCACCACAAGAAGAUCGGCAAGAACUUCUGCUAAGUGAAUAUGGAUUUCUAUGUUCAUGUGACGCUUGUACCUUCGAUUAUCCAGCUUCAUAUCAUUAUCCAUGGGCAGAAGUUGCAAUUACAAUCAAUUCAACCAAUUCAAUCGAUUCACCAAAUGAAGACGAGUGGAAGAAAAAAUUUGCUAAGAAUUGUCGAACGAUUCUUAAGCAUCAAAAUGACUUAUCAAAACUGGAACUAUGUCGGAUAAUGUUGAGAAAUAUGUACUAUCUUGUUGCUAUUGCUAAAAGUGAACCUUUUAUAUUUUGAUUUGACUAAUUGCUAAUGUUUUAUUUUUUGUCUACCUCAUGAAAUAAUUUUAUUGACUGAUUAUGUUAGUUCAAAUAAAGAUUCUUUUAUUUAUGUUGACAUUAAAUUAAAACUCAAAUGAAAA